AGCUGUUUCUUUAUUCUCAAUGCGGAAGAAGUUACGAAGGCGUCUUUUGUCUUCAGUCAAGUUGGAGUGACUGUAAAGCCACGGGUCUAUAAUUUACGACAGUGACUUGGUUUUGACGCGACAUAUCCCGAGAUAUCGUUUAAAGCAGCUAACGCUAACUUAUGAGGAACAGUUGUCAGAUACAGCACGGCUAGCUGCAGCAGCUAACAAGCAUGACAGGGAUCACAGCAAGUACAACUAACUACCUGUGGUCAAUACAAGAUGUCCUGGGUCAAGGAGCUACUGCCAGUGUCUACAAGGCCCGCAACAAGAGGUCGGGUGAGCUGGUUGCUGUCAAGGUGUUUAACACGAUGAGCUACAACCGCCCCCAUGACGUCCAGAUGCGAGAGUUUGAGAUGCUCAGGAAGCUGAGCCACAGCAAUAUUGUCCGGCUGUUUGCUGUGGAAGAAAUGCCCUCUAAAAACAAGGUGCUGGUGAUGGAGUAUUGUUCAGGAGGAAGUCUGCUCAGCCUGCUUGAGGAGCCAGAAAAUGCCUUUGGCCUGCCUGAAACCGAGUUCCUUAUAGUUUUGCAGUGUGUUGUGCAGGGCAUGAACCACCUGCGAGAAAACGGAGUGGUUCACCGGGACAUCAAGCCUGGUAACAUCAUGCGACAGGUUGGGGAGGACGGAAAGUCUGUUUAUAAGCUGACUGACUUUGGAGCAGCGAGAGAGCUGGAAGAUGAUGAGAAGUUUCUGUCGAUCUAUGGAACCGAAGAGUAUCUGCACCCGGACAUGUAUGAACGUGCUGUGUUGCGCAAGCCUCAUCAGAAAUCCUAUGGAGUGAGUGUAGACCUGUGGAGUAUUGGUGUGACAUUUUACCACACUGCCACUGGGAGUCUUCCCUUCACACCAUAUGGUGGACCCCGCAGGAACAAACCCACCAUGUUCAAAAUAACUACAGAGAAGCCGAUGGGAGCUAUAGCUGGAAUACAGCGCGUGGCAGACGGACCUAUAGAGUGGAGCUACAGCCUUCCUCACAGCUGUCAACUUUCACAAGGUCUGACAGUGCAGCUGGUUCCGGUCCUGGCAGGUAUACUGGAGGCUGACCAGGAGAGGUGUUGGGGUUUUGACCAGUUCUUCACAGCCACCACAGACAUCCUGCAGCGACAGCCAGUUCACCUCUUCUCUCUGCAACAGGCCCAGGCGCAUUGCAUCUACAUAAACCACUACAACACGGUGUCAGUAUUCUUUGAGGAGGUUGCCUCUCAGACUGGUAUUGGAGUACAGCUGCAACAUCUACUGUACCUGGGUCACGACCUCCCUCUGGAAGGCAACAUGAAGGUGGUCAACCUCCCGAGUACUUCAAGAGCCCAGCCUCUGAUUCUGCUCAGCUGCGGGCCUGAAGCAAACCCCAGCCUUCCCUUCAGAGAACCAGAGACUCCUGUCAUCCCAUCCAAGUUUGAUGUUGUGGCAGACUAUCACUUCACUAAGGUAACGGUGGGAGUGGUCCACCAGUAUCUCAGGAUGGUAAAGUUGCUGCACUCACAUAGAGAGCUACUCCUUCAAGGAUACUACAGCUACAUGAUGAGGCUGCGCAGGGAGUGUGGAGAAGCGAUGCACAGUAUUGCCAUGAUCACUGUUAGACUUCAGUCCUGCCUCAGCGUAGAACACAGGCUUCACACACUGGGCCAACAUACUUCAGAAAACCAAGGUUCAGGUGAUGGCAACCAAAAGCUGCAGCUGGUCCACCAGCACCUGCCCAUAUACGCCACUGGCAUCCAAGAGUUUCAGAACCGACUGGACCAUCUGCAGAUAGAGCAGGCCAAACUAGCAGAGACGCUCGCCAAUGACAAGAGCUGUCAGAAGAUGGAGAUGCUGCUGCAGAAGAUAACAGUCAUUCACCAGCACUAUCGUAAAGACAAACUAAUUGGCAAGUUGUCUUAUAAUGAUGAGCAAAUCCACAAGUUCGAAAAAAUCCACCUGUCAACCCACAUUAAGAGAGUGAAAUCUCUCUUUAGAGACGACUGUGUGCAGAGAUACAAAGAGCUUCUGGCCUCAGCCAGGACGUGGAGCAGUGUGUUACUGGAAAAGCAGACCCGCUUGCAAGACUUUGGCUCUUUCUCCACAGGCUUGUUGGCAGACCUGGAGAUGAAUAAUCACCGCCAGAAUAAGGCUCUGGACAGAAUAUUAUCCAGUCUUCAGCCCAGUAGAGGAGCACAACAGUCUACAGUUGCACCCAGAGACAAGGACCAGAUGGCCUUCAGGAUGCACCAUCUAAAGGAGGAAAUGGAGAUUUUGGUGCAGGAACUACAGUUUAACAACAGCGUUAUAGAGAGUUUGGGAGCAGUGAACUCUACAGCAGCUUUGGAUCCAAGCUUGAGCAGACCAUCUACGCUGUGACAAAGGUACGACAUCAUUUCAUUUUAACACACACACACACACACACACACA